AUGAUCCCAUGGACCAAUCCUUUUCGAGAGGAAGACCUACAGACAUUUGAGUCCCUGGCAGAGAAUGGCGGGCCACAGCCCGGUGACGAAGUGUCCGAGUAUGAAGCCGUCGAAGUAGUUUCCGUGCAGCAGCAAGCCCUGGAGGCGCCGGCUAAGUCCAAGUCCAAAACAGGUGUGGGCCUCAUGCUGCUACUGUUGAUGGUGAGUGGCGUGGUUAGUGGCACAGUGUUGUUUACUGCAAAGACAGGAAAGAAUGCGCUGGAAGGAGAGCUCGAGCCUUUCCACCCUCCCCUAGAGCCCCACUGUGUACCAGAGGGGAAAAGUGCGGAGGAAAAGCAAGUCAAAAAGCAGGAAGCAUCUUAUGAAAAAGAGAAACCCGGCGAAGUUGCCGAAGUGCCCGAAAGUGCACAGCCACCGCCUGUGCAACAUGCAGCAGCAAAGCAGCCUUCGAUGGAGGAAAACCUCGAGAAAGCGCAAGAAAUUCUCCUAGUAGCAGAAACUGUUGCUGAACAGCUAGACUCAGUGGAGGCCCAGGAGCUUCUAGAUAGCGUGCAAGAACAAGUGCGCGAAGCCAACUCGCUGGGCGUCGAGCCACGUUUUGCAAAUGUCGUGGGGGACCAUCUUCAGGCGUCACUGAAGCAUCUCCGCCGCCUGCACAGCCUUGCCGUGCAGCGGGGAAAGCUCUUGAUGGAUGAAGAGGCAGAGGCGGAUGAUUUUCCUGAGUUGUGGGAGCCCCAGGCGGGGAUAGAUCUGUCGCCUUUUGAAAGGGAAAAGCACGAUCCUACAUCUCCAGUGCACCACAUGGUGAUCGCUUUCGAGUCAAUUGAGAAAAUGUCUUGUGGUCUGCUCGAGUGUUUUGGCAAUGUCAGCCAAGCCUUGCUGAACAGCAGGCCAUUCGGUGAUGAAAGAGAUAUCACGUUGGUGACGCAGACUGCAGAGGACCUCCAGUACCUCAGCCACAACAUCAAGUCACAGAGUGCCCUCAUCUACCUUGCUACAAGCAUAAAACACUGUAUUAGUGAGUACCUCAAGGUUAAAGAUUCAAAGAAGCUUGAGGAUUUGCUGCUGGCCUCAGAAAUCGAAAUGAUGCAACUACGGGUCCCCGUGAAAUUGGCUCUAAUCGCAUCUAAAUUGAAAUGGCACGUCCCGCCCGAAGAAGCAAAUCGAAUCAAGUCCGCGAAAGAGAAAAUUGCAGAGCUUGAUAGCGCCAUCACGGUGCUGCGCGAGUAUGCCCAUGAGGAGACCAACUCGUGGAUAGAUACAUCUCAGAUUGUCAGUAAAGCUCAGGAUCAUGCCGAAACGGUCGAAGCACUGAUAGGCGCUCUGAAGGAACAGACAAAGGAUAUUCUAGAUGGCCAAGAAAGCUUUAGUAAAGGUCCCGUUGCAAAGGAAGCCGAGAGGAUCCAACUUGCCUGCAUCUUAGAGAGCGAGAAAGUGCAAAAUCUCCUAGAAAAUGCAAGAUGGAAGGUCGAGAGGUGCUUUGACGGUAGCCACAACCUCCUAGUGAGCCGCACACACGAGCUUAACAUGGAAGUGUAUGAGCAACUGAUAUCGAAAAUACAGCAGGUCAAAAGCGAGGUUGAGAUUGAAAUGACCCAUUUUCAAAUUUCAUUUCGAAAUUCCCAAUAUGAGGAUGAUCCCAAAGCUGCUUUGGAUAACCUUAGGUUUCACGCAGAAACUCUGAUAAAGCUGGCGACUGCUAAGGGAAAGGCACGUCUAUUCCUGCUUCAGAGCACGAUAUUGGGGUUGUUUGAGGAGGAGAUAGGCCUGCUGCAAGCAUCAAGUGAUUACGCAAGGCUUUGCGAAUUCCGCAGUCUCACUGCUACGGAGCAGAUGACAAUCAGCGGAAAGGAAUACGACAAAGCAUAUAAGGCUGUCGCAGAAGCGACCACACUAGUAGAAGUGUCAAAAGGUUUGGUCAAUUUGUGCUCUGCUGUGACUUCAAUGCACCGCGUCAUCGCUGAGCACAGGAUGGGUCAGGAGCUUGAAGCGCUGAAGCGUUCGCCCUAA